ACUGAGGAGCGCAGUAGAGGGAAUAUCCGAACAUGUCGGCCCCCGCACCUGCCGAGAAAGAGCAGGGAUGGUUCAGCCGCCUCGCGAGCUCCGUGGCGUCCUCCGUGGGCGAGGGACUGAACUAUCUUACCGGCGUCGAGGAUCCUGAUGAGUUGAAGACCGUGGAUGACGGCAGCGGAAACGUGACAAAGAAGGACGACGCCGACGCGGGCGGUCGCAAGGCCAUGUGGUCGCAGCUCAAGGAUCUCGUCGGAGCCGAUAUCAUGUCCAAGUUUAGCAUUCCCAUCUUCCUCAUGGAGCCUAUCAGCGUGCUCCAGAAGACGGCGGAGAACAUGCAGUACUGCGAGUUACUCGACAGGGCGUGCGAGGAGGAGGAGGAGUUCAUGCGGCUUGCCUACGUUGCGGCACUCGCCGUCUCCGUCUACUCAUCCAACGAGCGAACGAAGAAGCCGUUCAACCCCAUUCUUGGCGAGACCUGGGAGAUGGCGCUGCCCGAGGUGGACGGGAUCUACGUCGCCGAGCAGGUGUGCCAUCACCCCCCGAUCGGCGCGAGCCACUGCGAGACCCCACGCUGGACGUUUGACCUGACCUCCGCGGUUCGGACCAAGUUCAUGGGUAACUGGGUCGACGUCUGGCCCAAAGGGAGGACAAGGAUCCACCUGAAGGAGUGCGGGGACGUGUACAACCUGUUGCCGCCUGCAUCCAGGGUGAACAACCUCGUGGUCGGUCGGUUGUGGGUCGAUACCUUCGGCGAGAUGCGCGUGAACAACCUCAAGACGGGCGCCAGCGCCGUGCUGACGUUCAAGGAGUGUAACAUGUUCGGCGCGGGCCGAUGGGAAGUGUCGGGCGACGUGCUCGGCGCAGAUGGCGAGUGCAAGCUCAAGCUCAAGGGCAAGUGGAACGAGUCUAUGACCGCCACCAAGCCCGACGGUUCCACCGGUCGCAUCCUCUGGGCCAAGAACCCCGAGCCCAAGGAGGGUGCGCUCGUCGAGAAGUACGGGUUUGACAACUGGACGCUUCGCAUGAACGCGGCAAAGGAUGCGCCCAAGGGUCUGCUCAAGUCCGACUCGCGCCUCCGCCCCGAUCGCAUGGCGCUGGAGAAAGGUGACGACACCACCGCACAGAAGAUGAAGCACGUGUUGGAGGAGAAGCAGAGGGCGGAGCGAAGGAAAAGGGAGGCAAACGGCGGGGAGUGGAAGCCGCGGUGGUUCAAGCUCGCGGCGGAGGCCGACCUUCACGAGCUCGAGCUGGACGUCGGCACGGCCGUGUGGGAAUGGAACGGAGCGUACAACGAGGAGUUGGCGAAAAGGACGGAGAAGGGGAUUGAUAACGUGCUGGAGACUGAGUUUGACCCUUGGGAGUUUGAGGACACCAAGGACAUGGUGAUCCCUUAAUGAGUUGCCCAUUGAAUUGAUACAUUCAUUCUACAC